AUGAAGGGAAUAUCUUAUCGGGGUAAUCGUAUUUGUUUCGGAAGAUAUGCUCUUCAGGCACUUGAACCCGCUUGGAUCACGUCUAGACAAAUAGAAGCCGGGCGACGAGCAAUGACACGAAAUGCACGUCGCGGUGGAAAAAUAUGGGUCCGCGUUUUUCCUGACAAACCUGUUACAGUAAGACCCGCAGAAACCCGUAUGGGUUCGGGGAAAGGAUCUCCCGAAUAUUGGGUAGCUGUUGUCAAACCAGGUCGAAUACUUUAUGAAAUAAGCGGAGUAGCAGAAAAUGUAGCCCGAAGAGCUAUCACAAUAGCGGCAUCAAAAAUGCCUAUACGAACUCAAUUCAUUAUUUCAGGAUAAGAAUAUAGAACUAAAGGAAAUGGAUCUUUUGGAUAACACCAAGUGGAAGUUUUUUUGGACAAACAAUAUUUCUUUUUCACCUUUUGCAUUUAGUUUUGCAUUGAAAGAACAGAUAAAAAUAAAAUAUGAUUCAACCUCAGACCCUUUUGAAUGUAGCAGACAACAGCGGGGCUCGAGAAUUGAUGUGUAUUCGAAUCAUAGGAGCUAGCAAUCGUCGAUAUGCUCGUAUUGGUGACGUUAUUGUUGCUGUGAUCAAAGAAGCAAUACCUAAUACGCCCUUAGAAAGAUCCGAAGUGAUCAGAGCUGUAAUUGUACGUACCUGUAAAGAACUCAAACGCGACAACGGCAUGAUAAUACGAUAUGAUGACAAUGCCGCAGUUAUUAUUGAUCAAGAAGGAAAUCCAAAGGGAACUCGAAUUUUUGGUGCGAUUGCCCGGGAAUUGAGACAAAAAUUUACUAAAAUAGUUUCAUUAGCUCCUGAGGUAUUAUAAAAUGAUAAUCUAAGGCAUUUGAAUGAAUUUCAAUCAUAGUAGAUUGUGUAUCACGUAUAUACCUUUCAUUUUAAAUUUUUUCAUUUUUUAAUUAAAAAGAAACUAAUAACAUGUUGAUUAUAUCAAAUUUUUGGGACACCACCGAUUUUAGUUCAUUAUGGGUAGGGACACUAUUGCUGAUAUAAUAACUUCUAUACGAAAUGCUGACAUGAAUAGAAAAGGAACGGUUCGAAUAGUAUCUACUAACAUCACCGAAAACAUUGUUAAAAUACUUUUACGAGAAGGUUUCAUUGAAAAUGCGAGAAAACAUCAAGAAAGAGAUAAAACUUUUUUGGUUUUAACGCUGCGACAUAGAAGAAAUAAGAAAGGGGCUUAUAGAAAUACUUUCUAUUUAAAAAGGAUCAGUCGACCUGGUCUACGAAUCUAUUCUAACUAUCAACGAAUUCCUAGAAUUUUAGGUGGAAUGGGGAUUGCAAUUCUUUCUACCUCUCGAGGUAUAAUGACGGAUCGGGAAGCUCGACUAGAAGGAAUUGGCGGAGAAAUUUUAUGUUAUAUAUGGUAAUCCCUAGAAUAUUAAUAUCCGAAUUGGAUCCAAUAUUUCCUAUUUGGGAACAAAAAAAGAAAAAAAAAGGCUUGUCUAAUAUCACUCCUCUAUUAGUUGAUACUUUAAGGGGGUUUUAUCUGAAAUGAAAGAACAAAAAUGGAUUCAUGAAGGUUUGAUUACUGAAUCACUUCCUAAUGGUAUGUUCUGGGUUCGUUUAGAUAAUGAAGAUCUGAUUCUAGGUUAUGUUUCGGGAAGGAUACGACGUAGUUCUAUACGAAUCCUACCGGGAGAUAGAGUUAAGAUUGAAGUAAGCCGUUAUGAUUCAACCAGAGGUCGUAUAAUUUAUAGACUCCGCAACAAAGAUUCAAACGAUUAAGCCGUUUUUCAACAUUCCUUAUUCCUUUCUACAAAAAUAGAAUUCAAGGUUCAAAAUAUCACGAAACUUAUUUUCUUCCAAAAAAUAGAUUCAAAAUUAAAACUAAAGAAUAACAAAUAUGAAAAUAAGGGCUUCUGUUCGUCAAAUUUGUGAAAAAUGUCGACUGAUUCGCCGACGGGGACGAAUUAUAGUAAUUUGUUCUAACCCAAAACAUAAACAACGACAAGGAUAAUCAUUCUACUAAACUAUAUACUAAUGAUCUUUCUAAAAUACUAAAAUAAUUGCUAAAAUAUUUUAUUGCUGAAAAAAAAUGACGGAUUUGUUUUGACAUGAAAUGGAUAUAUCCAUAUAUCUUUGAAUCAUAUUUAUGAGAUGAUAAAAUAUGGCAAAACCUAUACCAAAAACAGGUUCACGGAGAAAUGGACGUAUUAAUUCGCGUAAAAGUGCACGGAAAAUACCAAAGGGUGUUAUUCAUGUUCAAGCAAGUUUCAAUAAUACCAUUGUGACUGUUACAGAUGUACGAGGUCGAGUGGUUUCUUGGGCUUCUGCCGGUACUUGUGGAUUCAGGGGUACAAAAAGAGGGACACCUUUUGCAGCUCAAACCGCAGUAGGAAAUGCUAUUCGUACAGUAGUGGAACAAGGUAUGCAACGAGCAGAAGUCAUGAUAAAAGGUCCCGGUCUCGGAAGAGAUGCAGCAUUACGGGCUAUUCGUAGAAGCGGUAUACUAUUAAGUUUCGUACGAGACGUAACCCCUAUGCCACAUAAUGGCUGUAGACCUCCUAAAAAAAGACGCGUGUAGAAAUAAGAAUUGAAGGGAUUUCAAGAGAAAUAAAUGAUUCAAAGAUAUGAUCAAUUUUGUAAAAUAUUACUAUGGUUCGAGAGAAAAUAAGAGUAUCUACUCGGACACUGCAGUGGAAAUGUGUUGAAUCAAGAACAGAUAGUAAAUGUCUUUAUUAUGGACGCUUUAUUCUCUCUCCACUUAUGAAAGGCCAAGCUGAUACAAUAGGCAUCGCGAUGCGAAGAGCGUUACUUGGCGAAAUAGAAGGAACAUGUAUCACACGUGCAAAAUUUGAUAAAAUACCGCACGAAUACUCUAACAUAGUAGGUAUUCAAGAAUCAGUACACGAAAUUUUACUGAAUUUGAAAGAAAUAGUAUUGAGAAGUAAUCUAUAUGGAACUUGCGAAGCGUCUAUUUGUGUUAGGGGCCCCAGAUGUGUAACUGCUCAAGAUAUCAUCUUGCCCCCUUAUGUAGAAAUAGUUGACAAUACACAGCAUAUAGCUAGCUUGACGGAACCAAUUGAUUUGUGUAUUGGAUUACAACUCGAGAGAAAUCGCGGAUAUCAGAUAAAAGCGCAAAAUAACUUUCAAGAUGGAAGUUAUCCUAUAGAUGCUCUAUUCAUGCCUAUUCGAAAUGUGAAUCAUAGUAUUCAUUCUUAUGGAAAUGGGAAUGAAAAACAAGAGAUACUUUUUCUCGAAAUAUGGACAAACGGCAGUUUAACCCCGAAAGAAGCACUUUAUGAAGCCUCCCGGAAUUUAAUUGAUUUAUUUAUUCCCUUUCUACAUGCAGAAGAAGAAAACUUAUAUUUAGAGGACAAUCAACACAAAAUUUCUUUACCCCUUUUUACCUUUCACAAUAGAUUGGCUGAAAUAAGGAAAAACAAAAAAAAAAUAGCAUUGAAAUAUAUUUUUAUUGACCAAUUAGAAUUGCCACCUAGGAUCUACAAUUGCCUCAAAAAAUCCAAUAUACAUACAUUAUUGGACCUUUUGAAUAACAGUCAAGAAGAUCUUAUUAAAAUGGCGGAUUUUCAUAUAGAAGAUAUAAAACAAAUAUUUGGCACUUUAGAAAAACAUUUCGUAA